AUGGUGGUGGCUUCCCGCUGCUCAUACGCGUGUGAUCCUGGGAGUUGCUGCACCUGGAUGCAGGCUGUCAGCGGCCCGAGUCAUUCCACUGGAGUUCCUCCAAGUACCACAGAGAGGACAACUACUCGUGUGACAACUACAGAGGCCCCUUCAACAACUGCCCCACCUUCAACAACUGCCCCACCUUCAACGACUGCCCCACCCUCAACAACCAAGGAGGUAACAACAGUUGUGACCACUACCCCUGAAUCUACCACAAAGGAAGUCACCACAAUGCAGUCUACAACAGAAGCCUCCACGACAGAGGCUAGAACCACUGUUGUGAGUACUACCGUUACUUCUACUGUACCAUCAACUACUGAGGCACCAUCAACUACUGAGGAGGUGACAACCACUGUUGUGUACACAACUACUCCAGAGUCAACUACAGUUGAAGAGACAACUACAGUACUGAGCACCACUGAAGAAAGUACAACAGGUCCUCCAAGUACAACGGAGAAGUCAACUACUCGUGUGACAACUACUGAGGCUCCCUCAACAACUGCCCCACCUUCAACAACUGCCCCACCUUCAACAACUGCCCCACCUUCAACAACUGCCCCACCUUCAACGACUGCCCCACCUUCAACGACCAAGGAGGUAACAACAGUUGUGACCACUACCCCUGAAUCUACCACAAAGGAAGUCACCACAGUGGAGUCUACAACAGAAGCCUCAACAACAGAAGCUAGAACCACUGUUGUGAGUACUACCGUUACUUCAACUGUACCAUCAACUACUGAGGCACCAUCAACUACUGAGGAGGUGACAACCACUGUUGUUUACACAACUACUCCAGAGUCAACUACAGUUGAAGAGACAACUACAGUACUGAGCACCACUGAAGAAAGUACAACAGCGGCACCCACAACAACUGAGACAACCACAGUCCGUGUAUCCACCACUGAGGCUCCAUCCACCACAGCUCCUCCAUCCACCACUGAGGAAAUCACCACAACUGUUGUGAGCACAACACCUGAGUCAACUACAACACAGACCACAACGGUGAAGUCAACCACAGUACAACCCACAGAAUCUACAACAAUUGUUAGUACAGUCGGAACCACCACAGUACCAUCAACAACUGGUGUGCCAUCAACAACUGAGGAGGUUACCACCACAACUGUGAUAAGCACCACUCCAGAAGUAUCAACCACUGAGAAGGUCACAACAGUCGUUAGCACCACAGAAGCCUCCACAACUGAGGUUCCACCAACCACAACUGAAAGGACAACCACACAUGUUGUAACCACCAAGGAACCCUCUACCACUGCCCAGCCAACAACCACUGAAGAAGUAUACACAACAGUUGUUACCACUACUCCUGAAUCAACUACGGAAGAGAGAACAACUGCUCAGUCCACAACAGAGAUGGAAACCACGAGAGCAUCUACGACUCGAGAAGUAACCACAACCGCAGGGUUGACAACUGCGGAACUUACCACCAUUGCUGUGACCUCUUCUACACCACAGCAAACAACCACAGAGGAGUUGACCACUGUGUUGGUAACUACAUUGGCAGGCACGACAGCGGCACCCACAACAACUGAGACAACCACAGUCCGUUUAUCCACCACUGAGGCUCCAUCCACCACAGCUCCUCCAUCCACCACUGAGGAAAUCACCACAACUGUUGUGAGCACAACACCUGAGUCAACUACAACACAGACCACAACGGUGAAGUCAACCACAGGUGCUUCUACAACAGAAAAAACAACAACCCAAACGACUUCUAAAAUUGCCACCACAAUCCCUUCAACUUCUACAGCCCCAACAACUACUGAGAAAAAGACCACCAUAGUUGUUUCUACAACUACCCCUGAAUCUACAACUGAGGAAGAAACCACGACCAUAGCGACAACACAGGAAUCUACCACUGAGGCCCCUUCAACUACCCUUGGGCUGUCAACAACUGCCUUGCCAUCAACCACAGCUCAGCCCUCCACAACCAAGGAAGUAACCACAGUUGUUAGCACCACCCCUGAGGCGACAGCAACCGAAACGACCACAGUGGAAACUACCACCUUGAUUUCUACUACAGAGGAAUUAACGACUACAACCAUCGUAACAACUCAAGAAAGAACCACUGUGCCAACAACCACUGAGACCCCAAGUACUACCGAGGAAGUGACAACCACAACGUUGAUCACCACAUCUCCUGAGUUAACAACAACAGAGGAGUCAACAACAGUAGUCACUACCACUCAAGCACCACCCACCACAGGAUUAAUAACUACCGAAGCCCCAUCAACUACUGUGAAAGAAACCACUAAGGUGACAACAGAGGGGCCAACAACAGUGAAAUCUACUACGACUGAGAAAGUGACCACCUCAGAAGGAACAACUGUGACUGUCACAGAAACUACCACAGAAGGUGGAACAACUGUAACUGUAACAACAGCAGGGAACGGACCCCCACCUGUCUGCAAAUUUAAUGAUCAGGAGUAUAACAAAGGCGAAUUCAUACCCACUGGUAGACCUUGUACUGUGCUUAUUUGCGGAGAGGAUGGAAAUAUUAUACCAGAGGAUGUAAUCUGUAACCGAACAUGUCCGAAUGGGAAACUGUUGGAAGUAAGCCCGGACAGGUGCUGUCCUGUUUGUGUUCCGAAUGAGGAGGACUGCUUCUUUCGCAAGCAUCCCAACUACGUUGUAAUUGACGAAUGCUUGUCUGAGGGACGCAUCCCGUACACGGAUUGUGAGGGCACCUGCGGCUCCAACACCCGUGUGACCAUGUUGCCAUACCCCAACAUCAAGUUCAACUGCGGCUGCUGCAAACCCUCAAAACUUGAGCAGAAUUACGUCACGAUGAAGUGCAACAACGGGACCCAGUUUGUCCACCCAUAUUAUGAGAUAAAAGCUUGCUCGUGCAGCUCAUGCGAAUAUGAUCCGAUGGAAACGCUGAUUGCCAACCGCAUCGUUUUUCCUUAGGAGGGAGUCAGUUAACCUUGUUAUAUAUUUCUGAACAGCCUUCAUUUGUCAUGUUCUUUUAAUCUUAACAAUAAAUCGCGACUUUGAAAGUAUAAAGUCAUGAUCAAUAAUUUCGACUCAUUCGAAUGACGAGUCAUUCUCUCAACUAUUGUUAAUUAAGAGUACAGUAAAUAUCAUCCAUCUUGUCAAACUAGCAGCAUUACCGAAAGAAAGGCUGUGCCGCGCAUGUUUAGUUAUAUAUUUGUAUAAUGAAGCCUGAGAGUUAAAUGAAUACUAUAUGACAUCAGAUUGAAAAGAAAUUGUUUUAAAUCUUUGCUAGAUCUGCAUUUUUUGCUUGAUUAGUUAUGUUUCAAAUUUGCUUUCUUGUCCUUCAAUUAAGAAUCGGUAAAACAUAAUUAACCACUGCAGGUUCUCUUCAAUUGACAGGUUUCUGUAAACAAACCAUAUCAAUUAAAUUACCAAUGCAAAAAAUGCAUGCGAAUGUUUUGAAGUUGACUUUAUUUACACCGAUGUAAUUUUUGUUUUCAAUUUUUUUCAAUUAAGAAAGAAUGAGAGUUUCAUUAGUGUUUUUGUUUGUUUACUAACUAGUUCUUCUAAAGGAUGCUCUCAUUAAGAUGUGGGUCGUUUAUGACGAUUUUGUUUUUCAAACAUGUUCACAUGUGCUAUGUAGUAGACAGUUCCCCACUUUAUCUGGGAGAGAUCCCAUAAAAAAAGCGCAUAUGUAAACAAAGCCAUUAUGUCAUUACGUCUCGGGUCUUUUGGCAGAUCGAAUUGUCUGCGCCACUUCUCACCAACUAGAACAAGUUUCCCCAAUCAGUCUCGUACCUUGAAGUCAUUGUGUCCUCUAUAUCCUCCCUAGUUGUCCUGCACAACCUAGGAUCAAAUAAGAUUCUAUCCCAUCCAAACCGCAUCGCCACAUGACUCCUUUUAGUUUAUUCGUCAGCAAAUUAUAAUAGAUUUUUCUCACGUUCCUUCACGAGGUUGUGAGUGUUACAAGCAGCAUCAAAUAAAUUUACAAAAACAAAAAUGAUGUCCGUUUCCGUUGUUGAUAUCACGAUACUUUUGAUAAUCCCUGAUACUAACAGCUCAUGCGAGCCAAUUAUUUUAGAAAACAAGGAGAGCGUGGAAUAGCAAAGAACAAGCUUUUCAAGUUAUUAUCAUAGUUUUUAAAUUUAUUGUACUAUUUUAAAGUUAUAUAACUACUCAGUUGAGUUUCUUUAUUUCCGUUUGAACUGAUAAAAGUGCAUUUUUUUUGCUUGUAGAUUAAAAUAAAAUUACUUCUUGCAAAUGAG